UCAUUCGCAAUGAGCGACAAUAACAUCAAUAUUAAUCUCAACAGCCCAGAAGAUGAUGGUGGUGGUGAUUUUCUUGAUCUUUCGCUCAGUCUCCGGCAGCCUUCUCCGCCACGACGUCCUUCUCCUCCAUUGUCGCCACCUCAAGCUACACCACAAGCCCCAGUUUAUUCACGCCUAUAUAUUCCAUCUUACUAUCCAAGCCCACAAAUCCAACUUCCGUAUAAUAAUCCUGUUUACUUCGGCUCGCCGGAAGUUUUUGUCGGCAGAUCGCCGACGCCACAAGGGAUGCAUCUGAGCAUCAGCGAGCCUCCGUCGUGCCGUGGACGCGCUCGACGGAAUCAUUCUCGAAACAAUGGUGAGGAUGUUAAUAGAACAAUUCAACCACCUUAUCCAUGGGCCACUAACCGCCCCGCCGUCCUUCAUGAUCUGGAUUAUCUGCAAAGUAUGCAGAUUAAGACCAUCACAGGAAUGGUCCGGUGCACGAGGUGCGACAAAGAUUACGAGAUGGGGUUUGAUCUUGAGGAGACAUUGUCGGAGUUUUUGAGCUUCGUCGUCUCAAAGGAAUCUAUGCACGACCGCGCCGUCGAGAAAUGGACGGCGCCGCCUUUACUGACAUGCAGAUACUGCUCCGUUGACAGCGUGAGGCCGAUCAUCAGUGAGAAUAAAGAGAAUAUCAAUUGGCUGUUCUUGUUCUUGGGCCAAUGGAUGGGGUACUGUACGCUGGAGCAACUCAAGUAUUUCUGUGGCCGUACGAAUAACCAUCGUACCGGGGCUAAAGAUCGAGUUCUUUACCUUGCGUAUCAUGAAAUCUACGAGCAGCUUCUUCCUGAUUGGCCUGAGGAUUUGUGGUGAACGCGUGGCGCCAGUUCUUUAAUUUGAUUUUAUCGCUUUCGCGUUUUCAAUGUUCACUGUUGAUGUCUGCAUGUAGGUUCCUUAUUAGGAAGUAUAUAUGUACAUUAUUGUUGGGAGUGAGAAUAAGGAGAGAGAGUAGAGAUCUUAAUUCGUAUUGAUCAUCCGCAACUCGAUGCGAUUGCAUUAUUUCCUGCUUUGUUUGUUGGUUUGACGAUAUAAGAGAUAAUUUCAUUCAACUCGGAGAACCUCCAACUUUAAUGUC